GAUGGAUGCCAAGUUGCCAACGGCAAGGGGAGGCAAAGCCCCAAACCGAUCCGAGGCUGUGCCGGUGCCGCGCCACGCUUCGUGCUUCAUCCAGUCGAACCGAGGAAACAAUGGCGCUCGCCGCCCCUUCUUCCCUCCGCCGCCUCCCGGCGCGGUCUCCGCCCGCGGCCUCCCUCCUGCGCUCGCGCCCUCUGCGCGAGCCCCGUCUCCGUCUCCGCCAGCCCCUCGUCGCCGCCGCGGCGGCGGCCACGGCCCCGCUCGCUGCUUCAUCCUCCCCCGCGGACACGGAGCGGAGGAAGCACGAGCUGCUGCGCUUGGUUCAGGAAACGCGGCGCGGGUUCGCGGCGGGGCCCGACCAGCGUGCCGCCAUCGAGGAGGCCAUCGUGGGCGUGGAGGAGCUCGGCGCCGGGGAAGGGGCGCCGCUUGAUCUCGCGGCGCUCGACGGCACCUGGAGGCUAUGCUACACGUCGGCGUCGGACGUGCUCGUGCUGUUUGAGGCGGCCGAGAGGCUCCCGCUCCUGCAGGUGGGGCAAAUUUACCAGAAAUUCGAGUGCAAAGAUCAGUCAGAGGGUGGAGUUGUGAGGAAUGUUGUACGCUGGAGCAUUGAGAACUUGCUAGAGGACCAAGAAGGUGCAACACUGAUGGUCUCUGCAAAAUUUGUUAUCCUGUCUAAGCGCAACAUCUUUCUUCAAUUUGAGGAGGUUUCUGUUGAAAAUAUCAAGAUUAGCGAGCAGCUGCAAGCACUAAUAGCUCCUGCUAUACUUCCUCGGUCAUUUUUGAGCCUUCAGAUAUUGCAGUUCCUUAAAACCUUUCGAGCUCAAGUUCCUGUUAGUGGUCCUGAAAGGUUUUCUGAUAACCAAGAGUAUACCAUCUGACGGGAUGCCAGCUGUGAGCUUGCCCACUUACAAGAGGUAUAUGUACCUUUCAUGAAAAAUUGGCAAUCACCUCAUUCUAGUAUUUUAAGAGAUUGCAAUGGUCUACUUUGAUUUUAAAAUGUUUUUUACACACCAGUCAUGGUGAAUACGUAGCAGGAUAGUGGAUAUAAAAAGCUUCCUGAAUAGUUCCGUUCUUCAUUUAACUGUUGUAUGAUUACUGGAAUUGUACCUACGAAUUUAACAUCUCGAUCAGUAAAACAAAUGUUCCUUGCCUCGAA